UCUUGGCUCCGGAAUAGUCGAUUGUUACGGUGUUAGUAAAGACCCAAAAACGGGCAGUUAUGUGAUGGUGAUGCGAUAUGCUGAACAAGGAAAUUUACGUCAUUAUCUUUCCAAGUAUUUUACUGACUUGUCAUGGGACGAAAAAAUUGUAUUAUUUGAUCGUAUCGGAAAAGCACUGAAAGGAAUUCAUGAUUCUGGUUUAAGACCUCCUAUUGUCUCCGGAACCCCGAAAGGUUAUGUGGCCGCGAUGCUUCGUUGCUGGGACUGUGACCCGUCUAAACGUCCAACCAUUGAUGAACUAUUAAAUAUGUCAUACAAAUGGCGCUACCUGUCAGACGGAAAAGCUCCCUUCCAAGGUCCCAAGACAAAGAAAGUAAAGAGUGGUCACGUCAAGUCUGUACUUACCAAUUCUAAUACAGUGCACCCUCAAGCUUUCUACACUAGCAGAUUACUGCAUUAUCCUAAUUUACCAGAACCCAGAAACUCUGAUCAUUAUACACUUUUUGAUUCAACAACUGGUUCCAAAAAAGACUCCGAUAGAUCUUCGUUUGUGCCAGAUGAACUUUCAUCGUUCGCCUCUUCUGAUAAGGGCAAGGAAAAGGCCCAGGAAGAGUAUCGUCCUCGCACCACUAGAAGGGAAUCCAUAACUAGGAGUAUGACAUUAAAUAGUAAAAUAGAUAAAGAUGCGAUUGAGAGAAUAAGAUCCGAGCUAUCUCAUUAUCGAUGGAACUCUACGAUUAAUGAUAUUCCUAGACAAGUGGAACUUUUAAGAAUUGAUGGUAAUUUUGAGA